AUGUCGGAAAAAUGUGUGAUUUUUAGUGCCGAAAAAGAUCUUGUGUUGAAUAGAGAUUUCUCGAAAAUGUUUAAAUUGUAUGCUGGAACAGCUUGUGGAUAUAGACAGCGUUGCCAUGAAUCAAGAGUAUAUUCUUCUGAAAUUUCCAAAUUUUUCCUCCCAAAAGUUUGCGAUGACAAACAACUCGAUUUUGAUGAUUUUGCCAUUGUGGAGUUAUCUGAAAAUUUAGAGCUCUCGUCGAGUAUUCGUCCGAUUUGUACGGCUGAAAAGGGCAUAGACCUAUUCAAUCCUGAUGUUCGAAUGAGGCUUUAUGGUUAUGGGUUGGAUGUAUCUUCUGCAAACGAUUCGAUUGGUCGCUUGAAAUACGAAACCGGAGAUAGUGGUGGAGGAGUCGUUCGUAUAAUGAAUGAUCGGGUUACUGUAUUUGGAGUAAUUUAUCAAGGGGUCACGUGUGAAGUAUCAACUAGGAAUGAAUUAGACUACAUUGCAAGUGUGGCCUUUUAUGCUGAUGAUAUCUGUCGAUAUACUGGGAUUUGUUCACUAGAUGUGGAGAAAAUUAAUGAUUCGACAGCAACAUCAGGAGCAUCAGAAAAAAAUUAUUUCACGGUUACCGUAGCCGUAUGCACAUGUGUAAGUCUGACGCUCAUCGGAUGUCAUACUGCGGAUCGUGCCAAUGCUCGCAAGAAGAAUGGCAAUUCGUCAAGACGUGGAAAGAAGGGAAAGAAGGAGAAGUCUCAAAGAUCGAAGAGAGGAAAGAAGGAUGGUAGCAAGAGAGAUAAGAAGAAGCCAAUCGGUCAAUCCGCGUCUGCUCCACCCGGUGGAGCACCACCAACCAAACCACCUGGAUCCAAAGAUCCAGCUGGAGGAUCUCAACGAGACAAGAAGAUCUCUGCCGAGCAGUCGCAGAAGCCUGCAGAUAAGGAUAAGGAUAAUAGCAGCCGAGACCACCAGUCACUCCAAGUCCAAACCAAUCUCCAGGAAAGGUUGAGGAUGAUGAUAUGCAUACCGCAAGAGAUAUGCAUUCUCCGAAAACCACUCCAUCCACACCAACUACUCCGGAAACCAAACCAACUGAUGCUCAGGAGAAAGAAGCUAUUGCAAGCAAAUAUGUCGAUGAUGCUGAAGGAGCUGCGUAAGUUGCAUUUCAGAUGGAGUUUUCAGAAUCCUUUUCCGGUUUCUUUGGGCCCGAAAAAGAGUAACACAAUGUUGGAAGGAGAUGAAAAGAAGGCGGAGAACUCGAUGUACAAGUAA